AUGGACCAUGUUUGUAAUGUUUGUGGACGUUUCAUAGCAAGCGAUGAAAAAUGUGGCAAUGCGAGUGGUUGUUUUUUGGAAGCCUAUAAACAAUAUUUCUCGCAAGAGUUUAUCACUGACGUAAACUAUGCCCCUAAAAAAGUUUGCUUUAAUUGCUAUUCAAGUGUUAUGCAAUGGAAAAGUGAAAAGAAGAAGGCUAUGCCUUUUGGUAUACCAAUGAUGUGGUUAGACAACAGCCCGCAUCAACAAGAAAAUUGCUAUGGAUGUAUCAACUACCACAAAACUUUGAAUAGAAGGAAAGCAAAGAAUAAAACUUAUGUAGCAGUGCCAAGGGUCCAAUUACCAUUACCGCACUCAGAAUUCGUUCCAGUACCAACAUACCGAAGUAUUGAUCUUCAAACAGAAUACGACCCUGGUGAAGGUACAUCCUAUGAAACAUCAAAGGACCCAAUCCUAGUCACACAAAAGCAAUUGGAUGCAAUUGUUGCAAUUUUGUGUUUGACUCAGAAAAAAUCAGAACAACUGGCUUCAUUUUUGAAAGGAAAUAAUUUGCUGGCGAAAGGUACCAAAGUAACAGCAUAUCGAAAACGCCAAAAAGAGUUAGAAAAGUUCUUCAAUGUGAAUGAUGCAAAAAAUUUCGCUUUUCGAUAG